AUCUACAUCACUACAUCCAAUCGCACUGUUUGUUGUGUUUGUUAAUUUCUGUACGGGUCAGGGAGCUCAAAGCCACCCUGUCGUGGCGUGGGACAUUUCAUGCUGGCAAUGGAAUCUGGAGGCAAUUUCUCUCUUUCUGGGAAAGCAGUUAUAAUUGAAGCAAAUUUGAGAGAUGAUUAUUAUUGGAAGUUGGUGGCAGACUUCAUUGGCCCUCAAAUGGGGGAAAGCUUGUAUCUUGACAGAGACCUUUGCAAGAACAGAUUCCUCAUUCAAAGUGGACUCAUGAGAGAGGACAAUAACUUCCCGUGGAUUUCCAUCAUCGAUUGGUUGAAGAAGAUUUUCCCAGCUUACCAUUCGGCGGACUUUCGGUGCUUGAUCGAAAGAGGCAUCGCCGCCACCUUGAGCUUGGCGGGCGAGGCCAGGCGUGUUUUUCUGGACUCGUAUGUCAACUUUAACUUUGUGGGCCCCAUAUGUGAUAGUAUCGGUGUCGAACGAGACCACCUUUUAAAAAUGAAAGACUUUUCUGAGCGCGCGCAAUCCAUUGAGGUCACCAACGGUUUAAUUAUGGAGCUGAACAACUUUGUGAUAAGGGAGAAAGUUUCCCCCAUCAACUUGGUCACCUGGCUGAGGAACUUCAACCCGCAAUACUGCAAAGAUGGCAACAUUCAAAAAGCUUACAGUGUUCUGAAGCUUAAGCUCAAAAAGUUAAAGAUGUGCCACCUCAGUUCGCAAACGAGAAGUCACAGGCGGAACUUUGUGAUGGAGAACUGGCUUCAAAGUCCGUUUGAGCUGGUAAAGUCCAAAGACUACCACAAGACCUUUCUCAAAAAGCGCAUGCAGUCACCUCCCUACGAAAAAGUGUUGUGCAAGGAGGAAUACGACGUCUACGAAAUUUCUCCCGGUGUGGAGUCCGAGCAGAAUUCUUCACUUCGAGUCGUCAGGAAAGACGUGCCGGUCUGCUGUGGCGGCGACGCCAACAACGACAAAGUGUUGCCGUCUCUCCUGGACGUGGCCAUGUUGUCUGUCCAGAAGCUGUCGAGCAUACACGGCGGGCAAACCAAAAAUUGCAAGAAGAUUUCCUCGGACCUCCUCAGAAAUCAAUAUGCGUUAACGUGCAAGAAGCACCCCGCCAUGGUGGACUUUGAGAAAACACUUAACUCGGUCGGCGAGCAGGCCUCGCUGGCCCCCCCGGUGGUCUUCCUGCACCACAACGCCAACUUCUUGGUGGAUGUACAUGAGACGGUGGAGCAGCAACUCAUGGCCUUCGAGAACGAGAUCACCCAGUCGCGGGGUGACAAGCUGGGCCGGGACGGGAACCCGCUUUUUAAGAAGGUGCUCAGCUUCAGCGAGAGCGCCACCUCCCGCUUCAUCUACAUGGCCACGGACAUGCUGAUCCCCGGCAAGGGGGCUUUGCUGAGCUACAAGAAACACUGGAUGGCCUUCUGCGCGGAGAAGCAAAACGCAUCCAGGCUCGUCAGAAAGCCGUCGACGCUGUUUAGCAGUUACUUUGAGGCGGCCGCAGGCCUCACUCACCACCACAACGAGGUGGCGCUCUUCUUCUCCGACAUGCUGGCACUCACCAACGACCAGAGCCCCAACGUUCUCCUGGAGAGCGUGGUCGCCGACUCCAGCGAUUCUGUCAUCCAGAGCAUUGUGUGCGUUCUCGCAAUCAUCUACUGCAAAGUGGUGGGGCCCUACUGUCAGCUUCUAACCAGCACAGGUGAGUAUUCCCUCUUCAGCCAGUACCUACUCUGCCUCUACCAGAAGUGUCUCGAAUGGUCCAAAGACCCAUCCACUCUGAUGGUGCCCGAGAAGGUCACUAAUGUCUUCCUGCAACUUGCGCUGCAAGACCAGCUCUACCCCGGCGUGUACCACUACUGUGACGAUUUGCACACCAACAGGGACCUCAUCAGGGUCUGCUUGAAAAGGAUGAUCAAGGUGAUUACUGGCGUCGCCGAAAAGCACCUGAUGGACUUCCUGCCGGGAGGCCGUUAUGCCAAAGUGCCGUCGGCCGAUUUGAACAUAAAGCUGCUGAGCUGCAAGUUCUACAUACUGAUGGCCGAAUAUCCCUACAGCCAGUCGCAAAAACAGAAACGAUGCUCCGCGCAUUCGGACAGCUCGGAGGACUUGAGCUCAUCUGACUCUGAAGAGCCUUCCAGCCAGCAAGCUCUCAACACUGACGGCGGAGCACAAUGGGCCAAAGGUCGGGGACGGCCGAAGACGGCUAAACGUUCAGUGAACGUCUAUCCAGAGUGCAUGGACUUGGACUACAUCAGCGCCAUCGUGGAUCGGAACGGGGGGGCGUGCCGCACCCAGCAGGACGUGGACAAGCUGAUGCUGCGCUUGGCCAACGACAACAGGAAGACAAAGUGGGAGGCCGUCCGCUGUGAGAUUGCAUACCAGAAAAUGGUGCUGGGCAACACGGACCCCAUGCUCAAUUCCAAUUUCCGCAACGUCACUGAAAUGGUGAUGAAGCUAAAGCUCUCACUGCCCCGCGUCAAGCCGGGCUACUCCAUUGUGUUGGCGCCACGCAAGACCGCCGUGAUGAAGCGUGUGCAUCAGAGAGUGGUGGACGAUUCCCAAGCCAUCCCAAGCCCGAAGGAAACCAGCGGGCCUAACAUUGUCCAAGAAUCGUGAGUGUUUAUUUACAAAGCAUAGCGAUGACUAACCGUCUUUUUCACUCAACUGUAAAAAUUUAUUUUUUUACUGCUCGGCAUAUCUGGGUCGUCCUUAUUCUGGGAUUUUGAAACAUGUUAUCAUGACAGCGUAAGUGACAACUAAAUUGAUCAUGAAUAUUGCUGAAAAAAUAAAAACGUCUGUCAAUAUCUGCA